CGCGGCGGCGGACGCGGCAGCGGUAGCGGACACCUCUACAACAAGCGAGGUCCUGGCCAGGUGCCGGGCGGCAUUGGCAACAAUAACAUCAACAGUCACAUCGGGGUCGGCGGCACCGCCGGUGGCAUCCUUCACGGAGGAGUCAAGGGCCAACGGCAGCCGUUCCUUCAGCGUCUACCGUCGCGCAUACACGAUCUCACUCGGGCAAUCGAGAUGGCAGUUUCGGGAGCGGCGAAUACGGCAACGCAGCAGCAUCAACAGCAACAGCAGCGUCAGCACGCGCAAGCCAAGCAGACCUCCCUGAAGAAUAAACCCAACAACAACCGUCAGGCCGGCAGCAAAAAGCUCCAGCAGAGCGAGAAAGUGUAGUUGCAAGGAGUGUGUGAGAGAGAGAGAAAGAGGGAGAGAGAAACUGAACGUAUGUGUACCUGUGUUCGUGUGCGUGUGUA